AUGUAAUAGCGGGAAGAAUAAUUUACGCUAUAUAAAUUACUUAAUGUAGAACCUAAAGCAACUUAGAAUGAAAUAGUAAUAAAGUUAAUUCUAUUUAUAGAAAAAAUCAUAUAGAUAAUUAGCUUUGUAAUUACAUCCAGAUAAGAAUUAAUCAGAUGUGAAUGCAAAAGAAAAGUUUUAAAAAAUAUCAGAAGCUUAUUAAAUUCUUUCAAAUGAAGAAAAGAGAAAAAUGUAUGAUGAAACUGGAAUGAUAGAGGGAAUAGAUGAAUUUAAAAAUGCAUAUGAAUUUUAUAGAAAUUUAUAUCCUAAAAUAAGUAAGGAGGAUAUUGAUAAAUAUGAAGUGAAAUAUAGAUUUAGUAAUGAAGAGGAAAAGGAUUUGAUUGAAUUUUAUAAUAAGUAAAUAGAUUUAGUAAAUAUUUUGAUAGAAAUAAUGGUAAUGUUAAGUGUUUGCUUGAGAAUAUAAUAUUGAGCAAAAAUGAAGACAUUCCUCGUUUUUUAGAAUUUUAUGAUGAAAUGAUAAAAUAGAAGAAGAUUAUAGAUUAUAAGAUAUAUUGGAGUAGUAGAAAAAAGAUAAAAACAUUAAGAGAAGACCCAGAAGCAUAAUAAAUAGAUAUGGAUUAAUUGACAAAAUAGAUAAGAUAAAGACCAAAAAAUAAUACAUUUGAUUAAUUUAUUUAAUAGAUGGAAGAGAAAUAUUAGAAGCCAAAGAAGGUAAAGAAUUAGAAAAAAUGA